AUGUUCAACCCACACGUGUUAGAGACGCCUGCUGUGAUCUUCGACAAUGGGUCAGGGCUGUGUAAGGCUGGUGUGUCGGGAGAGAUAGGUCCUCGCCAUGUCAUCUCUACAGUCAUCGGGCAUCCCAGAUUCAAAAUGGGAGGCUCGGAGCAGAACCGGAAGCUGUAUUACGUGGGGGAGGAGGCCUUGUACAAGUCAGAGUCCUUAUUUUUGCAGUAUCCUAUCGAGCGAGGCAUCAUCACAUCCUGGGAAGACAUGGAGAAGCUCUGGAGACACCUCUUUGACUGGGAACUCGGGAUUAAGCCCUCUGAGAGAGCGGUGCUCAUGACGGAGCCGUCUCUGAACCCCAGGAACAACCGAGAAAAAACGGCAGAGGUGAUGUUUGAGAGCUUCAAAGUGCCGGCUUUCUACCUAUCUGACCAAGCAGUCCUGGCCCUCUAUGCUUCAGCCUGUGUGACAGGGCUCGUGGUGGACAGCGGCAACAGCGUCACCUGCACAGUGCCUGUAUUUGAGGGGUAUUCCUUGCCUCAUGCAGUCUCCAAACUCUAUGUGGCAGGGAAGGAUAUCACUGAGCAUCUCCUGAGAUUGUUGAUCAACAGUGGGCGGUCCUUUCCUUGCAAGCUAGACAAAGGAUUGGUAGAUGACAUCAAGGAAAAGCUAUGCUAUGUGGCCUUAAACCCAGAGAAGGAGCUGAGCAGGAGACCGGAGGAAGUCAUGAGAGAUUAUAGGCUUCCCGAUGGACACAUCAUCCAUUUUGGAGACCAGUUGUUCCAGGCACCUGAGGUUCUCUUUGCCCCGGAACAGCUCGGCAUACAUCUUCCGGGGAUUUCCAAAAUGAUUUCCAACAGUAUCUUGAAAUGUGAUGCUGACAUACAGAAGUCUCUGUUUGGGGACAUUCUGCUUUCUGGUGGUUCUUCCCUGUUCCCUGGAUUGGACGAUCGACUGAUGAAAGAAACAGAAGAGCAAGCCCCCAAAGGCAUGUCCAUUAAAAUCAUGGCUCCUCCAGAUCGAUGGUUCUCCACCUGGAUUGGGGCCUCUAUUGUGACAUCACUGAGCAGUUUCAAGCAGAUGUGGGUCACCGCCAUGGAUUACAGAGAAUUUGGGACAUCUGUGAUCCAAAGAAGAUGCUUCUAA